AUGGGCAACAACACCAAGGGGGUGGUGAGCGAGUUCAUCCUGCUGGGCUUCCCAGAGCUGGACCAUCUUCGGGGACUGCUGUUUGGCUCAUUUCUCGCCAUCUACGUGGGGACUGUCCUGGAGAACCUGCUGGUCGUGGUGACAGUGAAAGCUAGUCGUCAGCUGCACACACCCAUGUACUUCUUCCUGGCCAACCUGUCAGUCCUGGAGACCCUCUACACCACUGUCACCGUCCCCAAGCUGCUGGCCGGCCUCCUGACAUGCGACAGGACCAUCUCCUUCUCUGGGUGCCUUACUCAGCUCUUCCUCUUCCUCUCACUCGGCUCCUCGGAGUGCUUCCUCCUGUCCACCAUGGCCUGCGACAGGUACCUGGCCAUCUGCCGCCCGCUGCACUACCCAGCCAUCAUGGACUCCAGGCUCUGCCUGCAGCUGGCUCUCUGCGCCUGGCUGGGUGGCUUCCUGGCUUCCUUCGUGUCCAUUGCGCUCAUCUCUCACCUCAGCUUCUGUGGCCCCAAUGUCCUCAACCACUUCUUCUGUGACAUCUCCCCUCUGCUGCAGCUCUCCUGCUCAGACACCACCACCAUCGAGCUGCUGGACUUUGCAGCGGCCCUGGCCGUGCUUGCGACCUCGCUGUCGGUGUCCAUGGUUUCCUACGCCUGCAUCCUGGCCACCGUGCUGAGGGUCCCGGGGAGCACCGGCCGCCAGAAGGCCUUGUCCACCUGCGCCUCCCAUCUGGCUGUGGUGGCCAUCUUCUACACCACCACCAUCUUCAUGUACGCCCGCCCGCGUGCCAUCAGCUCCUUUGACCUCAACAAGUUCGUGUCCGUGGUCUACUCAGUUGUUACCCCACUGCUCAACCCCAUCAUCUACUGCUUGAGGAACCGAGACAUCAAGGGGGCUCUGGAGAAACUGCUCCGGGUCCCCCGCACCUUUUGA